AUGUCAGACUUUCCAGCAGGCACAGGGGUCACUGCGCGUAAGGAGGGAACCGAAUACGCCGGUACCACUGUCGGGGAUGUGAUCAAUUACGGUGGUCGAUCGUACUACAUCGUGAAAGUCAACCACCAGAAAGUGCUUAACUCUGAUGGUUACCAUGUCUGGCAAGCCAUACCGGCCAGAGAGGAGAACUUUCAUGCAGGGGAUGUAGAGCAGACUCAGCAAGGCCGACGCGCUAAAUGGGCCGUCUAG